AUGACUACAUAUACCCUAUCAGAAACCUCGCCUAAGAGGUGUGACCUCACAGAUCCGGAUGAACUCACAAGUAGCAAGUUAUCUUCGCCCGUGACUCUGGGGAACUCAGAUGUCACAAUUAGCCGUGGGGAUGAGGUGAUAGCAAUUAUACACUGGAAAUGGUUCGAACGGAGCACAGUCACUAUGUAUGGUAAAACCACUACAAUCGGAGAGGUGUUUCCGCGGCCUAAGAAAUUAUCCAAUGCUCGAAUUUUUACUAUGCCUGAUGGCUACCAGUUCAAGUGGCAAGGGCUGGAUCAGAUCUAUGCUACCAACGUUGAGAACGACAUUAAUGUUGCAACCUACUACAAGAACCCAAUGUACUAUUUCAACGAAAAGAAAAAAUCGACGCUUGAUAUUGCAGCAGGGGCUAGCAUGGAGUUGACUGACGCACUAGUUGUUACUUGGGCAAUAUAUGAAAAGAAAGCCAGGGAUUGGCGACGCUCUAGAUACAAUGGUGGUGGUGGUGGUGGUGGAUAG